GAUCUUAGACUUCUCCCUCCUGUUUUUCACUUGCAUCGGUAUCUUUGUAGUUUUUUGGUAUACAUGGACAUACUUCAAAUCCAAGAAGGGAACCUCAAAACUGCCGCCUGGACCUCCUGGCCUCCCUUUCUUAGGGACCUGCCAUUCCUUGAGCCGGAGCUUCACACCUACUUCGCCGCCUUGGCUCGCAAAUAUGGCCCGGUUGUCAAGCUCCAACUAGGAACCAAGAUUGGCAUCCUGAUCACCUCCCCUACCAUGGCCCGUGAAGUCCUCAAAGACCAAGACAUCACGUUUGCAAACCGCGACAUGCCCGUUGUAGCAAAACCAGUGUCCUACGGGGGUUCUAACAUCAUUUGGAACCCUUACGGACCUGAGUGGCAGAUGUUGAGGAAGGUCACUGUAGUCAAGAUGCUGAGCAACACGACUUUGGACUCUGUUUACUCGCUUCGGCGCAGGGAUGUCUGGGAAACCGUGGCUUAUAUCUACAGUCGAGUCGGGUCACCGGGCGACGAUAGGGCUGCAGUGGGGGCGGAGUUCCGGGAGGCGAUCUCCGACGUCACCGAGCUUUUGGGUUUGCCCAAUGUUUCGGAUUUCUUCCCUGCUCUGGCCCGGUUUGAUUUGCAGGGCCUGGGGAAACGGAUGGGGAAGCUGGUGAUGAAGUUCGAUACUAUCUUUGAUAGGAUAAUUGACCAGCGGCUGAAGAGUGUAUUAAGACAGAAACUUGAGAAUAAAACUGAUAUCUUUUAUUCACAGAAUUGAGUAUCCUAUAUACACAAGGUUUGCAGUUAUUUAUGGAAAUUAAAGAUAUACAAUAAUA